ACGUAAUAUAGUUACGGCGGAUGUCUAUCUGUAUCUUAAAAUACGUGCGAGUUUUUCGUUCACGAGUAGGUGUAGAAACGUUAUACAAAGUUACAGCAUGAAAUAUUUCAUCUUUGCAUCAUUGUCUUUACUGCUGUUAAUGUCUGCAUCCGGAUCAAAAAAUGACGACGAGGAAUGGGUUAGGCUGCCUAAUAAGUGCGAAGUGUGCAAAUUUGUUGCUGUUGAAAUGAAAUCGGCGUUUGAAGAAACGGGGAAAACGAAGGAGGUGAUUGACACGAAGUACGGCUUCAUGGAUGGGAAGGGGUCACCGAUAAAAUACGUCAAAUCUGAUAUCAGAUUUAUAGAAGUAAUGGAGACAAUUUGUCAAAGAUUGAUGGAUUAUAAUUUGCACAAAGAAAGACAAGGAAGCAAUCGUUUUGCUAAGGGGAUGUCUGAGACUUUCCAGACCUUACAUAAUUUGGUUCACAAGGGUGUCAAGGUGGUGAUGGACAUUCCUUAUGAACUCUGGAAUGAAACAUCUGCUGAAGUUGCUGAACUAAAAAAGCAAUGUGAUGUGUUGAUAGAAAAAUAUGAAGAUGUGAUUGAGGACUGGUACAAAAAUCAUCAAGAUGAAGAACUUUCAACCUAUCUUUGCGAAAAACAUGUUCUGAAAGAUGGAGACAAAGAGUGCUUAAAUGAAACUUGGUCUGGGAAGAAAGGAGAUAUGGCCACUGUUGGGAAAAAGAAAAAGAAAAAGGGGGAAAAGAAGGAUGGUAGUAAAGGCAAGAAAAAGAAGCAGAAAGCAAAAGGAGCAAGAGAUCUUCAAACGGACGAGUCAGAUAUUUCUGAUGAUGACAUCCAAAAGAAGGUUCCUCUCACACAAGAUAAAACAGAAUUAUGAGUAUGUGUUCAUAACCACAAUGACAUAAGUAAAAGGAUAAGUUGUGUUUGAAAUUGACAACAUUGCCUUAUCUGUUUCAUUUUCAGGUUAUUAAGCACAUUUUGUAUUGGAAAUGUUAAAAUAAGAAGUUUGCUAACCUUUUUGUUACCAUGUGAAGAAUCCAUAGGAAAAUAUGACAAGUUCAAAUGAUGCUACUGUUCCAUACUUAAAUAGCUUUUGGGAUUUAUACUUUUUGAUUUAUUUAAAGGCAAAAUAUAUCGGUGUGUUUUUAUUGGGACGAAUGGAUGGAUGUUUGUGUAGUUUCUACUUUCAAACUAAAAUAAUUAAAACUUGGAAAGAUUUACACAUAAAACAAGAGAGAACCUACCAAAACAACUGUUUUAAUUAUAAUUCAAUUUUCUGUGUGUAUGUGUAUGAGUGUGUAAAUGUAGAAAUAAGAGAAUUCAUUCAACGAUCUGCAUUGUAAGAUACCUGAAAUUAGACUAUUUUUAAUCUAUUUAUGUAUUGUAGUAAAAACAAAAAUGUCAUUUAUCAUGUAAAUUGUGAACUAAAUUUGCCAGAGAAAUAAUUUACAUGUUUGUUUUGCUCAGCUUUGAAAAGGUUCGAAGUUAACAUUUACGCUUUUAUCUUUUUCCUUUUUUAACAAUGAUUUUUUUUCUUCUCCUCUCUUUUGUUUUGUUGGCCACAUUGCUGUGAUGCCCGUACAAUAAAUGCCAUCUCCUUGCUGCCGCGACUCGCACACAUUUGUGCCUUGUGUACUGUGCACAUGUGUUGGCAAAUGUGGUUCCUGCUAGCAUUUUCACAUUAAAAUACUUCACCAGCAGCAGCUAAGAUGUCAGCUUUUAGGGUCUUUUUGAAUUGUUUGAUUACGUUGUUGUCUUUCCUUUUGUUUUGAUAUCUUUGGUUUUGUUGUGUUGUUGUUUGGGUUCAGCCCUCAGUGUACAGGUAUUGGCGUUCCUCAGUCUGUAGCUUUAUCUUUUGUACAAGUGCAUUCUGGGGAAGUUCCUUCGAUUAGGCUCUCUUUAACCUCAAAGGACUCCUGAUUUAUUAUGGCUCUUUGGUACUUUGUUUGGUAGAUUCUCCUUGGCAUUAGGGCUGGCAGGGCACUCCCUACAAUCACUUGCUGUUAUCUUUCUUGAAAGAAAUGAAAAUAUCAGUGGCACAAGUUUUGUGCUUGGUACUGUUGUGACAGGUGUAUGCUGUAGAAAGGAAAUGGCGAAUCACAAGGUAAAAGGAGACAAUGCACUUCACAUCUUUGUUUACAUUCACUGUGUACUUGACUGUUAUUAUGGGAGGUAAGUCUGUGCAUUUUACAUAAUCGGUUAGCCGAAACUCUCUUCAGCUUGGCAGUGGUGUUCACCAUGAUCAGUAUUGCAUUGUUGAGAAAAAAAUGUCACCUAGGGUUGGAGUCCCACCCAGUGUCUGUGGGAAUACGUUUCCUGCAGUGUUAGUUUAAGAGAAGUUCUCUUCAGCAAGUGAAGUGCAUUCGUCUUUUCAUCGGAAUGAUUGAUCUUGUCACUGCCUGUGAAAAGUGUAUUUGAUUUUUCUCCUUCAGAGACAUCAGUUGACAUAUUGUAUUAAAAUGACAUGAAUCUAAUAUCGGAUGUAAAUAAAAUUGACGAAUAAAAAAGAAAGCUGUGAUGGAGACCUAGAGAUGUGUGUUACUAUGUAAAGAACUGGUUAUACAUGAAUAAAAAAAGCGGUCUGCUAA